GGGACGACGGACUCUUCGACCUGAAUGACAGACAUAGUGUCUCGAUAUCACACGGCAGUGGGGUGGUUCAGAAUUGGACCAGCCAAAGGUUCACGGAUUGCAGGAAAUUCGAAAUCGGCGAUGGGAGGUGGCCCUUAUCUUUCCCCUUGUCUGACAUGCAUCGUGGGGUGGGGUUAGUGUCGGGACAAAGUUCCCUCAGCCUUGUGAAGCAAGUGGAGCCAGAGGGCCAUGGCUUCAAAUGUGGCGCAGCUGAGCUAGAAACUUUGUAAAGCGCCACAAGAACUACCCUAUCAGCCUUGCCUCACAGGUUCACCAACCCAACAACCUAAGAUAUUUUCAGAUACCUAAGAGUCUGACACACAGCCAGACAGCAGGAUGGGCCUCGUCGACUAUUCCGACUCGGAGUCAGACUCCGAGUCUCCCGCUCCCAAUUCGCAACCCGCCAAGCAGCCGUCUUCCUCCUCCAAGCCCUUCCAAAAACUCGUCUCCCGCUCCAACCCGGGCAAGAUCGUCAUCAGCCUCCCCACCGCAAGCGGCGGCGCCGACGGCCCAGACCAGAAGCCCAGCGACGGGCCCCCGCCAGCGAAGCGCGCGAGGACGGGAGCCGGCGGAGGUGGCCGCUUCAGCAACUUCGGCUCCUUCCUGCCGGCGCCGAAGACGACGACAGCGACGACGACGGCCGGAAAGACUGCAUCAUCAUCAUCAUCAUCAUCAUCACCCCAAGCCACCGCUGGCGUUGGUGGCGGCGGCAAUGCGGCGCCGCGGCCGGGCAUCCACUUGAAGACGGGGGCAGAGCCGGCGUUUGAUAGGGAACAGCCAGUGGGGUCGGGGUCGGGCCUGAACCUGCCGCCGCCGAAGCAGAGCAAGGGCCCGAGCAUACACCCGGACCAGAAGCCGGAAGAGGAGGUGAAGCUGGUGGGGAAGCCGCUGAUGUUCAAGCCGCUGUCCGUGGCGAGGAAUCCGGCGAAGAAGAAGAACCAGGGCGGCGGCAGCGGCAGCGGCCUCAACGGCGCGGGGGUUGCAGUGGGGAAGUCCCCGGCGGCAGCAGCAGAAGAGACCAAGGCAGUCCAAGAAGAGCCGGCGAGGAAGAAGAAGAUAUCCCUAUUCUCAAUACCGGACGGCGGCGGCCCCGCAGAGGACCCCCUGCCGGCGCCGCCCGGCAACGGCGCCUACGAGCCGCUAUUCUUGACCCCCACCGCCGAGGACGGCGCAGCAGCAGCCGCGUACGGCGAAGCCGGUGACUCCUCCUACCCCAGCCACGCCCAGCAAGCCCCCGCCGCGCCGGCCCCUCACCACCGACCCGACACCCUCUCGUCCAUCGCCGACGACAUGAACCUCUCCGCCGCGGCGCGGCGCGAGCUCUUCGGCCGGGGCGGGCCCUCCGAGUCGCUGUCGUCAGCGGGGGUGAUCAGGUUCGACAUGGAGCGCGAGUACGCGCACAACGAGACGGUGCGGGCGGCGGGCGACACGGCCGUGCACAACCCGGUCCGCGCCAUCGCGCCCGGCAAGCACAGCCUGCGCCAGCUGGUCAACUCGGUGCAGAGCAACCGGACCGCCCUCGAGGACAGCUUCAUGGCGGCCAAGAGCGGGAAGAAGGAUGCGGCGGGGAGGUACGGGUGGUGAGGGGGUGGUUGGCUUGGCAGGGAGAGGAAAAGGGGAAAAGGGGAGAGUUACUGCCCCGGUGUUGUUUGGUCAGUCUUUUGUUAAAAUGAUGCUUCAGUCAUGUCAUGGCAAUAGAGAAAUGAGUGUGCAUGGAAAACACAGUGAAAGCAGAGACGUUCUGACUUCUGAGAAUAUAAUCGCCUGUGUGGCUAAAUCAGUCUGUUGGG